AUGUCUUUACCAUAUAGCAAAAAAGAUUUGUUUAAAAGUGCCUUAAAAGGUCGAUUUAUUAAAGAAUUUGAUUAUAACACAUUUGAAAAUAUUACAGUAAUCGCAAGAGGAGGAUGCGGUACAGUUUAUUGUGCUAAUUCAACCAAUUUAGAAAAACUUGUUGCAUUAAAAAGUUUGCAUGAAAAUAACGAUGAAUUUUGUGAAAAUUUCGUGAGAGAGUUAACAAAUAUUAUGGCUGUAAAUAACCACGACAAUAUUAUUAACUUUUAUGGAAUCAGCAUAGAUCCUUCAACAGAGACGUACUACAUAGUGUUGCAAUAUGCUAGAAAUGGUGACUUGAGCGCUUAUUUAAAAAAGAAUUUCAAAAGCCUUGAUUGGAAAACUAAAAUUAAAAUGGCUAAAGAUAUUACAAGAGGUCUACGCUAUAUUCACAAAGAAAAUAUUGUUCAUAAAGAUUUACAUUCAAAGAACAUUUUAGUUCACGAAGGAAGGCUAUUGAUAGCAGAUUUAGGAUUAUCUCGAUCAUUAGAUUCCAAUUCAAAUUCAAAAUCUAUGGGUGCUUUAGAAAUAUAUAAAUUGGUUAUUUACGGUAAAAGAGAAGCACAUAUUAAUAAAGCUCCAAAAGAUUAUAUCAACAUAUAUUCAAGUGCAUGGAAUGAUGAUCCAAAUCAAAGGCCAACUAUUGAAAAUAUUUUUGAAAAACUAGAAAAUAUUAAAUUAGAAAAUAUAAAUGACGAUUUUAAUGACAUUCAAUUUAAAGUUAAUAUUAAUAACCAAUCUCAAGCUUCAAUUAACUCAUUCAGUAGAGAUUCCAUUUCUAAUGCUUCUUCAUGUACUACAUCAGAUUGUAGGGAAGUUACAGUAAUGAACAACUUCCAAGAAUCAUCUGCUCCUCCAUCCACUCCUCAAUCUGAUCCUCACAAUUACAAUGACUAUGGUAGCAUGGCAAAAGGAAAUCAAAUUAUAAAAUAUAAUUAUGAUGAUUUUGAAAAUCUUAAAAAUAUUGGAAAAGGGAUUUACAGUGCAAUAUUAAUGGAUGAAAAUAGAACAGUAGCUUUAAAAUCUAUGGUUGUAACUUCUACGGAGUUAUUUGUUAACGAGCUUAAACGGUAUUCACGUGCAAGUUCGCACGAAAAUAUAAUCAGAUUCUAUGGAAUUUCACAAAAAGUAAAUCAUGGUACUCCAAUGAUACCUACCACUACCAAAUGUUACUUCUGA